CGGCGAUAGAGUCAACAUCCGGCGACGCAGAGAUGCGCACGUUUCGGCGCUCGCCGAGGGAAAAGGGACGCCGCGAUCGUGACUUCGGGACAUGAGAGCGACGAUGAAGCCCGCUAGCCUGCACAUCAGCACCUGAGGAGCACACUCGCUUCCAGCAGUUAUAGAAUUACUCGUUCCUUGAUUCUUAGUGUGGGUACACUAUCGCUACUAGUAAGAGUGUUUUUUUACUCGUGUACCUUGUUCCAAGAGGUUCUCAGGGUCCAUAACUAAGGACACGAGAGCCAUGUCAUCAGGCGCAGGUUCCAGUGGAACUGGCCGGGGGCGUGGUUCAUCACUGGCAGACAAUAAGCCAGAGAGCAAAGAAGCAAAGCCAAAUCCAAAGAUGUCAAAAGCUUUAGGAACAUCUGCCAAAAGGAUACAAAAAGAAUUGGCGGAAAUCACAUUAGACCCACCGCCAAACUGCAGUGCUGGACCUAAAGGUGAUAAUUUAUACGAAUGGGUAUCAACAAUACUUGGGCCUCCUGGUUCAGUUUAUGAGGGAGGAGUAUUCUUCUUGGAUAUACACUUUUCUCCAGAAUAUCCUUUUAAACCUCCAAAGGUCACAUUCCGAACGCGUAUCUAUCAUUGCAAUAUAAAUAGUCAAGGUGUAAUCUGUCUAGAUAUAUUAAAGGACAAUUGGUCUCCUGCGCUUACCAUUUCCAAGGUUUUAUUGUCCAUCUGUUCUCUCCUAACAGACUGUAAUCCAGCGGAUCCUUUAGUAGGAAGUAUAGCAACUCAGUAUCUACAGAACAGAGAGGAACAUGAUCGCAUAGCACGGCUUUGGACUAAGCGCUAUGCCACAUGAACGAUUUGUCAGAAUUUUUCCCGUUCUCUAAAAUCGAAGAACGGCCACUUAAGGGAGCCCGUUUAUCUAUAUUAAAGUUUUGAUUAUUCAAAUCGAUCGAAUUUUUUCGAUCGAUUCUUUCAAAUCGAAUCGUAUUUUUUUUAUUAUUCGAACGUUAAUUCCGGUAGGUUGAAAUGUCUAUGAGUUAUGUUUUACUUAAAAUUAUUUAUUAUAUUUUAUUAUCACCUAUGGAUUUAAUUCCCGUCUGUUUAAUUUAUGUUGCUUAAUAAACACGAUCAAUGAUUUGAUCCAUUUGAAUAAUCAUACUUUUGGCUCUUCGCACCUUCGACAAUUUAUCGUCUGUAUAUGUAUGUCGAUCGAAGGAUUGCUUUAAAUGAAAGACUCUUCGAGAUCGUCGAUUCGAUCAUUGUGAUGUGCUUUUAUAUCGAGUAUGUAAAUGUGCCUAAGAUGAAUGAAUGUGCGUGUACGUGCAACUAAUACUCCCUUUUUCACCUUAUGACUCUUGAGGUAAAAGUCAUAUCUUCCAGAUUGUAUUUUUCUGCAUGGUAAACAAAUAAUACGUUAUAGUACAUUUUAGCACAAAUUUCUAAUGAUAAAUCAUUUUUGCUAAGUGCAGAUACACUCUUCUGAAUAACUAAAUGAACUAAUAAAAUGAAAGAAUUUUAUUUUUUCGUUUCCUUAGAAGUGUACAUCCUUCGGUAUAUGCAUUUAGUUUGACUUCGGAUUAACUCGUCAAAAAUCGGAUAUACUUGACCAUCCAUUGAGAUCGGGACCAUUCCGUAAUGUAACGUGGGUGUAAAUGGUGGUUUUACGCUGUAUUUAAAAGCAUGCGAUUUAGACGGUAGAUAAUAUUGCCAGGAUUUACGGUUCGUCUCACAGAGGGUAUAUAUACGGUCACAACUGGUUAAUGGUUAACUGUUGAGCUUGGAAACCGUGUACAUUCGAUUUUUGUUGAACCAAUCCGAAGUUUGAGAUUCAAAGCCAUCUGUACGCUUCUGCUUUUUAGCUAUAAAAUGUAUUGUUGAAAAUAGUAAAAUUAAUAUUAAUUAAUUGCAUAGCUGUAACAGAAAAAUAUUUUAUUUUUAUAGUUAUGUUUGAAAUCAUAACCGCGAUAUUGUUUGACAGAAAUUAUUCGUCUGUUUCAUAAUUUAAAAAAACAUCACGUAAUUAUGAAUCUCAUUUAACCAGGUAAAAAACUAGGCUCACCUGAAAUAAUUAAAGAAAUGUGAAUAUUGAAACUAUUCCUCUUAAUAUUUUGUACAUUACCAUAUAGUCUUAUUUAGAGGUGGGCAAAUGCGCCUAUAGACGGUCCAUUUGUAUGAAUAAGUGCUGUAGAUUUUCGUUAUAUUGCUCUAGACGAGGUUGUAGGAAACGAUUCUUGAAAUUGGUAAUAUGAAAAGAGCUCCCAUUAUUUAAAAGUUUACAAAUUUGAGAACUUAUGGAUUUAUAAAUUCCUGAAUUUCUUAAUAUGAAAAUUUAGAA